CUAUCGCACCCACACUUACACUUUUUAAUAGGGAAACAAGCAAUCGUUCCGCUGCCCAACAACACUUUUCGGCCCCAAAUGCAAGUGCAAAACGCUUUAACAGCGUUUGUAGUGCAUUCAAAAUUUAAGUGAAACUAUAGUUGUGAAGUCGAUGUAACCAGGAGGCAGGAGCGGAAGCAGAAGUAGGUCUCGCCCCCAGUGCGUAUGAAAAUCGAUAGCGGUCGCGGUUUGAUUCAAGGGUGCUACACGGCAAUUCGACGUCUUUUAUGUGAUUAUUACUAUGAAAUUGGAUGAAAUUGUUGCAUGGUACCAAAAGAAAAUCGGCACCUAUGACAAGCAAGAAUGGGAGAAGACUGUCGAACAGAGGAUCUUGGAUGGCUUCAAUAAUGUCAAUUUGAAGAACACAAAGCUUAAAACAGAGUUGAUCGAUGUUGACUUGGUGCGCGGUUCUACCUUCCCCAAGGCCAAGCCCAAGCAAUCGCUGCUUACCGUGAUCCGUCUGGCCAUUCUACGGUAUCUGUUGCUGCCCCUUUACGCCCAAUGGUGGGUCAAACAGACCUCGCCCAACGCCUUUGGCUUCAUUCUGGUCCUCUACCUCACCCAGCUGGUCAACUGGGCUAUCUAUGUCCUGCACAGCAACAGCCACACUGAGCCGCUGGUCUAUGACAAACCCUUGAAUGGCACUCUGCUCCAGACCGGAACAGCCGGCGAAGACGCAGACAAACAUGAGGACCAUGCCGACCUGUUAAGUGCCCUGCUCAUCCCCUGCGCUCUGAGCCUGCUGAUCAGCCUGAUCCACUCGCAAAUCGUGGCCACAAACACGGCGACUGGUGGAACUGGUGGAAGCAGCACCAAGAACAAGCUCAGACGAUUUUCCAUGUCCAGUAGCAUUGGUGACAAAUCCUCGGUUCGUGAGCAUAGGUUAAGGCGGCGCAAGAAGUUUGUGAGUCGAACUCGUCAACCGGAAGUUGAGCCCAACAGCAGCAACAUCUCAAUACCAGCCAGACGCAAUGCUAACACUAGUGCCCUUGAGGUUCCUUCUAGACCGGUCAUUAUACCUUCCACAACAAUCAUAAGUGGCGUUGCCCAAUCAGACCCCAUCUUGGCAGCAACCCCGUCGCGGUCCGUCGUCGUCAAGCGGAGCAGCAGCGAGGAGACCUAUAUCACCACCACUGCUAUCAGCGAACUCCACCGGCUGCAGGCUACACCAUCCGAAAACGGGGAAACGAAGGGCUUUGAUCUCAGCAGGCAAACGGGGGGACCCACCACUGCCUCCACAGCCACCCCCGAAAGCCCAAAAAAGCGGAACGUCAACUGGCAUACUCCUAUCCAGAUAUACGCCACCUACGAGCGCACCGAGCAGCCCUCCUCUAGCCAGUCUAUCAGGGAAGAACAGAUUGAGACCAUUGGCGAUGAGGAAAUGCGUGCCCUCAAACCCUCCUUUCAGUCGCGUCGCAACAUUGGCGAGGACGAUGGGUUCGAGAGCUUAAACGGAAAAAGUUCCAGCGGCGAGGACAAUAACCACUCGCCCUUGCCGAAUGUGGCAGGCAUUGCAGUUGCUCCUCCAGUUCCUGUCCCAAGCAAUCAGCUGCGUCUGCGCUUAAACACCGGGAAUAGCAGCUCCAGCAACAUCGCGCCUCCAGCGGAAAAGUUGGCUCAGUCGCGAGGCAAUGAGUCCACUACCAGUUGUGCGGAGUCAGAUGAAUGCGACGAAGCGGACAUAAUUUCCAGCCCGGCUUCGACCUGCAAUCAAGAGUGCACCACCUCGGCCACCGACUGGCUGGGGGUGACCACCAACAGUGAAGAUUGCAGUUACACCUCCGACAUAGAUCACUCAGAUGGUGGAUUUAAGCAUGCGGCCUGUAGCGAUGAGGAUCCUGGCGAGCUGGACAUAACGCCAACCACCAUACUGAAUCCCCACAGCAGCCUCGACCGUAUUAGCUGCACCAUCUGGGAUCAGCGCGACGCGAAGAAGGCUCAGCUGUCCGUUCUGGAAAUAGCCUCGUGUAUAAUUGAGCGUGUGGACUCGAUGGGAGAGACCAACGAUUACAUUUACAUAGGAGUGGUCUUCUCCUUUCUGCUUACCCUAAUUCCUACCUUCUGCCGCCUAUGUGAGAUUACCCUCGGCAGCGAUGCGGAAAAGGCCAGCGAAAUAAGUUACUUGUACAUGCCACAGCUGCUUUGGGAGAAGUCGUCGGCGUCGCUGUUCAACCUAUUGGGCUUUGCCUUCGGUGAGGCCCAGUGGGAGCGCACCGUCCUGGCUCUGGGCUUUGUCCAACGGCUCUGCCUGACCCUCAUCCUGUUUACCAUAUUUGCCGUUGCAGAACGAACAUUUAAGCAGCGAUUCCUGUACGCCAAACUCUUUUCCCAUUUGACGUCUUCACGACGGGCACGUAAGUCCAAUCUACCGCAUUUUCGACUAAACAAGGUGCGCAACAUCAAGACCUGGCUGAGUGUGCGAUCAUAUCUUAAGAAACGUGGUCCACAGAGAUCCGUGGAUAUUAUUGUGUCUGCUGCCUUCAUAGUCACUCUGCUUCUACUAGCAUUCCUCAGCGUAGAGUGGCUCAAGGACUCUGUGCACCUCCACACGCACCUGACCCUGGAAGCGCUCAUCUGGUCGAUCACCAUCGGAAUAUAUCUGCUGCGCUUCAUGACACUAGGCCAAAAAAUCCAGCACAAAUACCGCAGCGUGUCCGUGCUAAUCACCGAACAAAUCAACCUGUAUCUACAGAUCGAACAGAAGCCCAAAAAGAAGGAGGAGCUGAUGGUGUCCAACAGCGUGCUCAAGCUGGCGGCUGAUCUGUUGAAGGAGCUCGAAACGCCAUUUAAGAUCUCUGGCCUCAGCGCCAACCCAUAUCUAUUCACAACCAUCAAGGUAGUCAUACUUUCGGCCCUCUCGGGCGUGCUUAGCGAGGUAUUGGGCUUCAAACUGAAGCUUCACAAAAUCAAGAUUAAAUGAACCCCAUGACGAAAGUGAGCGCGCAGAAUGAGCAUAUUUUGUAGUACAACUUUUUCGAAACGCUUAUUAAAAGAAAAUCUACAAUUAAACAUACAUUUAAAUUAGUUUAAUGUAAACAUUUAAGUGAGCCAAUGUUCAUGUUUGUCAAGUGAUUGUUUAGCAGCGUUAACAAAAAUCUACUACUGACUACGUAAAUCAAUAUGCAUUAGUAUUUACCCACCAUACACUUUCUAGAAUCUAGAGCGACCUGCACAAUCACAAAUCAUGUUAGCUACUUAAAUUGUUUAACGAAUCGUAUUAAGUUCAAAGAACUUUAGACAUAAAAUUUAUGCACCCUCAUGGUUAAUCUAUUCUCAGUCUCAUGUUCAAUUCCUACACCAGUCGCAGCUACAGUGUUGCAAUUAAUAAAUGUUUGAAAACCA